UGCCGGGGUCGCUGCCUCCCCCCCCCGGAGCUGCGGGCGCGGGGCGGCGGCAGCGGCGGUGCCGCCAUGGCGGAGGCGGCGGUGCAGUGCCGGGUCCAGUACCUGGAGGAUGCCGACCCCUUCGGCUGCGGCAGCUUCCCGGAGCCGCGCCGAGCCCCGGUUUACGCCGUGGCGGAGGCGCUGGCCCUGGGCGCGCAGCUGCCCGCGCUGCACCGGCUGCUCGGAGCGCCGCUGCCGCUGGAGGACUGCACACUGCAGGUCUCCCCAUCCGGCCACUACCUGGACCUCGACCUGUCCCUGCUGGAGCAGAAGGAUGACCUGGAGGGUUUCUACGAGGAGGUCAGGAAGGGCCGGCGGCCGACGCUGAUCCUGCGCACCCAGCUCUCCGUCCGCGUCCACGCCAUCAUUGAGAAGCUGUACAACUCGCAGGGGCCGGAGCUGCGGCGUUCCCUCUUCUCCCUCAAGCAGCUCUUCCAGGAGGACAAGGACCUGGUGCCCGAGUUUGUGAACCUGGAUGGGCUGACGUGCCUGAUCAAAGUGGGGGCAGAGGCUGAUCAGAACUACCAGAACUACAUCCUCCGUGCCCUGAGCCAGAUCAUGCUAUUCAUGGACGGGAUGCAGGGUGUCAUCAACCACAACGAGACCGUCCAGUGGUUGUACACGCUGUCGGGAAGCCUGUUCCGCCUGGUGGUAAAGAUGGCGCUGAAGCUGCUGCUGGUGUUCGUGGAGUACACGGAGCCCAACGCCCUGCUCCUCAUCCGUGCCGUCAACGCUGUGGACCAGGCGAGAGGCGUGUGUCCAUGGUCCAACCUGAUGGCCAUCCUGCAGCAGCGCAAUGGGGCCGACACGGAGCUGCUGGUGUUCGCAAUGACCCUCAUCAACAAGACGCUGGCUGCCCUCCCGGACCAGGACUCCUUCUACGACGUGACGGACUGCCUGGAGCAGCAGGGCAUGGAGAGGGUGGUGCAGCAGUACCUGAGCAGCAAGGGCACCGACCUCGACCUCAAGCAGCAGUUCGUGCUCUACGAAAGCGCUCUCAAGCUGGAGGACGGGGUGGAGGAGCCGUCGCCGGGUGGGCGCAAGGAGAGGAGGAAGACAGACGAGGGCCGGCGCGGGUGGCGUGCUCAUGGCAGCUGUGCCGAGCCCAGCCCCGACCCCCAGCCUGUGCUGGGGAGCCCCAGCACCCCAAAGGAGCCCCCCGUUGAGGAUAGCCCUGAGCCGAGCAUCCCAGCAGAGCCAUGCCCAAAGAGCACCUACAACAGCACGUCCAGCCUGCGGCUGUCUCUGCCGUGCACCUCGCCCGAGAAGGAGCAGUCCCCAGGCCCCGGCGAGAGGAGCGUGUACAAAGCUCGCUUCCUGGAGAACCUGGCUGCUGCCCAGAAGGAGAAGAUCUCCGCCAUGGCCAAGGGACGGCUCGACAUCCUCAGUGAUGUUGCUCCGGAGCAUCUCGUCGCUUGGGAUGGGGACAGCGGCACCCCUGAGCCCGGGACGGAGCCACCCAGCAUGAGGUCCCACGCAGGCCGGCAGGACACCACCGACUCCUGCAGCGCCAUCUCCUCCGAUACCAAGUUCAUGCUGGACAUGCUCUACGCUAAGGGCUCCUCGGAGCUGGGGAGGCAGAAGGUCUUCCCCGAGGGGCUGUCGUCCUCCCCCUACCAGGGUGAGGACGAGACGGGCACCAGGCAGGGCUGCGCUGAGGGACGCGGUGGUCGGGAGCAGGAGAGCACCUGGCUCCAUGGCAGGGCUCCGGACGGGCCGGUGGCCAGCGCCCACGCUAAGCUGGCACGUGCCACGUCCAACAUCGACGCUGAGACCCACACGCAGAAGCUGGAGAAAACCAUGAUGAUGCCCAUCAAGAAGGACACGGAGCUAUCGUGGGAGCACCUUCAGGCCAGCCCCGUGCAGCUGAAGAUCAAGGACCUGGACUUCACUGACCUGGGGGAGGAGGAAGACUUUGACAUCUUGGACACGGGGCCCAUAGCCAAUGGCUCCUUCCUUCCUCCCGGCAUCCAGGCAGCGAGCGCUGGAGUUCUCAUGGUUCCCCCUCCACCUCCCAUGGACCCUGGCUGUCCACCACCUCCCCCUCCACCUCCUAUGGUCCCUGGCUGCCCGCCACCUCCCCCUCCACCUCCUAUGGUCCCCGGCUGCCCACCCCCUCCAGGGCUUCCAGGCCCUUCGGCCACUGAUGGCCCUUCCCAAGCCAAGAAGAAGAGGACAGUGAAGCUCUUCUGGAAGGAGCUGAAGCAGCUAGAUGGCUCUGUGGGGCCGGGCAGGUUUGGGCAGGCGACGCUGUGGGCGUCCCUGCAAAGCGUUGAGGUCAACACUGCCAAACUGGAGCAUCUCUUCGAGUCCCGGGCGAAGGAGGUGCCGGCUUCCAAGAAAGCUACCGAUGGGAAGAAGGUGGUGGUGGUGCUGGACCCCAAGAGGAGCAACGCCAUCAACAUCGGCCUCACGGUGCUGCCACCCGUCCACAUCAUCAAGACGGCCGUGCUCAACUUCGAUGAGUUUGCGGUCAAUAAGGAAGGGAUCGAGAAAAUCCUGACCAUGGUCCCAACUGAGGAGGAGAAGCAGAAGAUCCAGGAGGCCCAGCUGGCUAACCCUGAUGUGCCCUUGGGCUCUGCGGAGCAGUUCCUGCUCUCCCUGUCCUCCAUCAGCGACCUCACGGCCAGGCUCCAGCUCUGGGCCUUCAAGCUGGACUACGAGAGCCUGGAGCAGGAGAUAGCAGAGCCGCUGUUUGAUCUGAAAGUGGGCAUGGAGCAGCUGGCCAAAAAUCACACCUUCAAGUGCAUCCUGGCCACACUGCUGGCCAUGGGCAACUUCUUGAAUGGCUCCCAGGUGAGGAACGGGGUGCGGGGCGAUGCAGCCAGUCAUGGGUGCUGCAAGGAUGAUGAGACUGACCAUGGCAUGUGGGUACCCGAGAGGGACCAUGUGAGGCUUGGGAAGGUGCCUGAGGCUGGGUGGUGUGGAUGCUGGUGGUGGUCCAUGUGGUCUGCUGGAGGAUGGGAGGGUGGAGGGGCCCUGCUGAGUCUGUUGGGGUUUCAGAGCAGAGGCUUUGAACUGGGCUAUCUGGAGAAGGUCUCGGAAGUGAAGGACACGGUGCACCGGCAGUCCCUGCUCCACCACCUCUGCCAGAUGGUGGUGGAGAAGUUCCCAGAAACCACGGACCUCUACUCGGAGAUCGCCUCCAUCACGCGCUCCGCCAAGGUCGACUUUGAUGAGCUGGCCAACAGCGUGGUGCAGCUGGAGCGGCGCUGCCGGGCCUCCUGGGACAACCUGAAGGUGAUCGCCAAGCACGAGACCAAGCCGGUGCUGAAGAGCAAGCUGACGGACUUCCUCAAGGACAGCACGCAACGCAUCGUCGUCUUGAAGGUGGUCCACAGGCGCGUCCUCAACAGGUUUCACUCCUUCCUGCUGUACCUGGGGUACCCAGCCAGCGCCGUGCGGGACGUGAAGGUGAUGCCCAUCUGCAAGCUGCUGCGGGAGUUCGCCCUGGAGUACCGCACCUGCCGGGAGCGCGUCCUGCAGCAGCAGAAGAAGCGCGCCGCCCACCGGGAGCGCAACAAGACCCGCGGGCGGCUCAUCACUGAGACCGAGAAGUUCUCCGGCAUCGCCGAGGCCACCGCACCGCCUGCUGUGGUGUCGGCCAGCCCCGAGCAGGAGGAGCAGGCGGAGGUGGGCCAUGAGAGCAUGAAGAGCGUCCUGAGCUUGCCCACGGAUGUCCCUGCCCGACGCAGCCGGGCCAGCCGGGGUAGGAGCGGGCUGGGGACAGGACAGCAGAGUGGGGCAGCCCAUGGGGACACCCGGCUGGUGCCAGCAUCCUCAUACCCCCACACAGGGACAGGGCACAUCACCCCAAGCCAAGGCUCCCCGGCCCAGGAGGACGUCCCCAGCUCACCUGAUGACGCCUCAGACGAGAUCAUGGACCGCCUGGUGAAGUCGGUGACGCAGAGUGCCAACCCCCGGCCCUGCGCCAACAAGGAGCGCAGGAGGUCCCGCGGCAACAGGAAGUCCCUGCGACGGACGCUGAAGAGCGGGCUGAGCGAGGACUUGGUGCAGGCGCUGGGCCUGGGGCGGGCGCCGGGCAUGGAGGUGUGACCUGACCGCCCCUGCAACCCGGGGGGGCCCUGCCACCCGCACCCCGCAGUGAAGGACGUGGGAAGGCCACUGGCACGCUCAGCACCCUUGGUCUGGCGUCCGGCUCCAGAACAGGAUGGGAGUGAUGCCGUGAGGCUGCUCCGUGGGGGCCAGGAUGGAGGACGGGGAGAGUGUGAGUCGUGGAGGGGUCCGAGCAGUACGAGGGGACAGGGCCCCGGCCCCAGCCCCAGCCCCAGCCCCAGCCCCGGCGUGGACCCCCUCUGGGAACUGGGAUGGCCAGCGGCCGCUGUGGCAAUAAAGUGUUGUGACGUGU